AUGGUGGUAAACCGACCUCCGUUACGGUUUUCAACUCGUAUGUGUAUGGCAUUACUUGUGCUAAUGGCAUUUCUUGUUCUACAUUUGCAACGUAUUAAUUUACCAAUCAGUAUAACCUGUAUGAUUAAUAAAACAGUUAGUUAUGAAGCGAAUCCAAAACAAAUUACACUUUUGUUGAAAAGAAAACAAUAUCACUGGAGUGAAUCAAAUCAGCAAUUAUUAUUAGGCGCUUAUUGGGCUGGUUAUAUAUUCACUCAGAUACCAGUUACAAUGACAUUAUGGUCACAAUGGGCUGUACCAGAAGAGCGUGGAACACUUAUAUCCAUUGGUUAUUGUGGCACACACUUAGGAACAGCGAUUACAAUGUUUAUUGGGGGUAUCUUGUGUAGAUUCAUAACAAGUGGUUGGUUAUACUUAUUUUUAUCUUCAAGUCUAUUCGGCUUUCUAUGGUGUUUGUUGUGGUAUUGGAAAGCAGCUGAUUCACCUCUGGAACAUAAGACCAUAUCGGAUAAAGAAAAACAGUAUAUUUCCGCAGGAGCUGGUAUAAUGAACAGACGAAAGACAAACCAAAAUAUACCAUGGAAAAAGAUGCUGGCAUCAAAACCAUUAAUAGCAUUAAUUAGUACUGAUGUACUUAAUUUGUUUGGAUUCUUUUUCUUUACCUCCAAUUUGGGUAAAAUUAUGGUUGAGGUGCACCAAAUACCAGUUAUCUAUACUGGUAUCAUAGCAGCCGCUGGAUUCCUUUGCACAUGGUUUACAGCACUCUUCUCAGGAAUAAUUGCUGAUAAGUUCGUUAGAAAAGGGAUAAUGUCUAUAACAAAUACACGAAAAUUAUCAAAUUCUAUAACAUCUUUUGGACCAUGUUUAUGUAUGAUAUCAUUCUAUUUUUGUGAUGAAAAACAAAAAGUAUUAAGUAUAUUAACUAUACUCACUUAUUUGGCAUGUAGUGGCUUUGGCUAUGGUUCGGGUUAUGUUGUCAAUUUUAAUGAUAUUAUUCCAAUGUACAGUGGUUUCGUCUUUGGUAUCGUAAAUACAUUUUCCUCACUAGCUGGCGUUUGGGGAAAUAUGAUUGCUGCGAUAGUGUUAAAAGAAUCAACAUUAUCAAACUGGCGUCCUCUGUUUAUUCUAUUUUCAAUUGUCUAUUUUUUGGCUGGCGUGGUCUAUCUGCCAUGGGGUAGUGCUUUACCUGAAAAAUGGGCAGAAUUUCCAGCCAAUGCUCCUAAUGACGAAGAGGUUCCGAUGCAAGAUGUUAAUUUGAAUGAGGUACACGCUUAA